AUGAUCCGUGGGAACUGGAGCUUGGCGCAAGAAAUCAAGCAGAAUGAAAGAAAACAACUAUCUCGAACCCAGCAACGCCAAAAGCACAAGGUCAAACUAGAUAAACUACAGAAAGUUGAUCCUAUCAAGCUAUAUUUCAGAAUUGAAAACCUAGAAAAGAAGCAGCGGCAGGAAAAAUCGCAAAGAGAUGAAGAGCUAUUACGAUCGCUUCGGGAAGAUUGGGCUUUUAUGAACAAACACAAAUUGCACCAGGUGAAAAUCAAGAAGUUUCUCGACGAGCGAGCCAAGUUGAAAGCUAAAAAGGAUCAUGAAGCGACGAAAUUAUGGGGGCUGAAAUCUGUCUACUUCAACCCUGAGCUAAAUCCGUUGGGGAAAGUGCCGCAGCUUGAUCAACUUGGCGAGAUGGAGCUUGAGCGAGAGCUAGGGAACUGGACAGUGCCCAUCAGGGGGAGACCUGUUCAGUAUGAUAUCGAUCCCUUGAUUGAGCAGUUGGGCGUGAAGCUACCGUCGGGACUGCCUCCGCGGUUUUACAAGCUCGUGCAAAACACUCACAAGCCAAAGGCCCCUGCUGCUGCUGCUGCCACUACAAGUGAAGCAGAUCAGUGCCCUGGCAAUUCAGCUCAAAACAAGCGAGCACCACGUAGAGAGCAUAUACUCGACGAAUCAUCAGAAGAAGCUGAGAGUGAUGACGGGCACAUAGAGUCCGAUUAG